AUGGAAGAGUUGGAAGCAGAAGAAGAGGACGAUACUGUCUUCAAUCCACCAACCAGGACCUUCUCGUUUAGAUUGGGAAGGAAGCGAAGGAAAUCGAACAGCAGCAAUUCUAGUCAGGAGUAUGACGACGUCAGUCUAUGCAGCCUUAGCAGCUUGGAUAGCGUCGGUAGCUUGGAAAAGCAGUCCUCCUGUAUGAACCAUGUUAUCGCUGUCGCCCAGAAAUCACUGAGCCUCCGCAGCUUGAACCAGGAGGUCUUCCCACCUAACGGACACGCCCCACACGCUAAGCCGGACAGCAGCUUUGUGUCGCCUUACAAGAAACCCGGGCCGACGCCGACCAAGCGACGCGCGAGCAGGCUGUGGAUGGACACCGUGAACGGCGCGUCGCUGAACCUAUCCGUGAAGGAAGUGAAGAGGCAGGAGGCGAUGUUCGAGUUGUACCAGGGAGAGGAGGACAUGCUGGAGGACCUCCGUCUCGCGAAGAAGACCUAUCGCGAUUCGAUGCAGCAGCUGAAGCUGAUGACGGAGGAGGAGCUGCAGUGCGUCUUUGGGAGGCUGGACCGUCUGUUGCCGCUACACGAGGAUUCGGUGAAGCGUCUGAAGCAGGUGCGUGAUUCGGAGACGUACACCAUCGACAGCAUCGGUGACGCGCUGCUGGCAUGGCUGCCGUCGAUGCGAAGUCCGUAUGUGGAGUACUGUGCUAACCAAGUGUACGCCAAGUCGCUGCUGGAUGCGAAGAAGGUUGAUCGCAGAGUACAGGACUUCCUACAGAGGUGCCUCGAGUCUCCCUUCAGCAGAAAACUCGACCUCUGGAGCUUUCUAGACGUGCCAAGAAGCCGACUCGUAAAGUAUCCGAUCCUGCUGAAGGCAAUACUGAAAUACGUGAAGCUCAUUGAAUCCAUCAUCGGGGAGGUGGAUCGCGAGGCGGGUCAGCAGAAGUGCCAGUUUGUCAUCAACCGGCUAGUGGAGAGCGAACACCGCAUCCACCCGCUCAUCCACGAGUCGCACUACCUGCUGUGCGCCGGAGAACUACGCAACAGUCGCGGCACGAAAGUCGACGUGUUCCUGUUCGAGAAGGUUCUCGUCGUCACGCGCAAGAUCACGCGCAACAGUACCGCCCUCUACCAGAUCUACCGCUCACCGCUGCCCGUCGCGGACAUGACCGUCGACGAAAAAGAACAUGGCGGCCUGCAGCGAUCCUCGUUCCGCCGCUCGCUGUCAUCGCUGACCUCGCAGGGUCAAGGUAGGGGGCAGCAGCGGUCGGUGCGCGACCGGGAAACUUGUUUCUACGCGGAAAUGCAUUAA